AUGCAGGCCCGGAAGACGCACAGUCGUCGUCCUAGCUUGGCCACGAUUAAUUUGAACUACAGAAAGUCGCUUGGCCAUAGAAUACGAGAUGCGAUUGAAUAUAUCAGCAACUUAAUCUAUCCGUUUGUCAAACACGUUUUCCCUAACUUCAUUGCCAUCCACUACUUCUACAUCAUCAUUAUGACGGCGAUAGGCUCGAUACUGAUGUAUCCAGUCAGGAACUAUGCGUACGUGGACAUUCUUUUCACUGCAGCAGGAGCCUGCACGCAAGGUGGAUUGAACACAAUUAAUACAAAUGAGAUGACUUUAUACCAACAAAUUGUGAUUUACCUCAUUUGCUGUCUAACAACGCCGAUUUGGAUUCAUGGUGGGUUAGCUUUUGUUCGGCUGUAUUGGUUCGAGCGUCAUUUCGAUGGAAUUAAGGUAUGGUCGAAGAAGAAUUUCAAGAUGCGUCGAACAAAGACGCUUAUCCAGCGAGAGAUGACAAGAACGGCUACUGGAGCCCAGCGGAGACCCACUGUGAAAGAUACACGCGGCUCUCAGGGCUUUACAAGCAAUACGGACUUUCAAACCAAACUUUUCAGUGGGCAGUUGGUGAAUAGAGAAGAAAACCCCGGAUUGAAAGACAGCUACGAAAUGAGCAGCUUGAAAGAAGACGCGAACGAUCAUGGAAGCAAAAAGGAAGUACAGGGAAGCUCAUCGACAGGAUCUACCAAAAGCGUUGAGCAAGGGGACGACACACCAGGAAUCAAAUUUGGCGCUUUACCCAAGCCACCGAAAAGUGACGGUCAUCACAUCCCAACCGCUGCAGAAAAUUUCAGUGCGAGAAGAAAGUCUGAAGACAUUUCGCCGGCGGAUAUGUUUCGGUCUAUUGCAAUGCUGAGGGAUCAGCAUGUCAUAGAAGGGAAAGAUGAAGACGGUCCUGCUCUUGUUAUCAAUGGACCCGCUGAAAGGCGACAAGAAACGGAUGCAGAGCCUGCAUCUGCCACUCCUGGUGGUAUAGUUACCCCCGCUUCUUCGAGACACAGCUCCCACGCCCUGCCGCCUUCGCCCGCUCAUAGCGGGGCCACCAUGCUAUCCUCAUUUCAAGAAUCAGAGCCUGCUCCAGAUGGUCCCAGCAAUAAUGAUGCAGUGGAGCUGAGUAGCGAUUCUUCAGUUGCGGAAAGCUCCAAGCCAGUUCAGUGGAGUCCUGGUGUCAAUGAACAUUCAUUUGCUCCUGCAUCCAUCCAAUUUCAACCCCCGCCAAAAAGAAUAAAGCGUAGUUCGCAGAGGAGGCCAAGACAUGUCAAAAAAAACCAUAAAUCCAUCAAGAAAUUCGUUCGUCCAGCAGCGCUACGCAAUAGGAUACAAAAGCGAAGGAAUGGUACCAGUGAAGAUGGUAACGACGCAGAUUUGGAGCUAGAAUCUAGUGAUAGUGAUUCUUUCGACCCAACAGACGUACCGGACCACGCAGUCACUGAUGAUGGUAUCUUAGAUGACACAACCGAAACGCCAAAUCUGGAAAAGGUACAGUCAAACCUUGCGGUACCGUCAAAGGAUGCCACAGGUGGCUCAAAAUUCUACAAGAGAAGUAACACUAUGGACCCCAAUCGCAACGGCAAUCUAGAUUUGCUCACUAAAUCUCCCAGUUUCCAAAAGAUGAUAUACAAAAAGUGGAAAGAAGACCGCAGACGUAAUGGGGGUUUCUUACGCCGGAAAAGUUCUGUCAUUUCCCGCAGCUCUAGUGAUUAUACGGAUGGCGGUGAGCAUUCGUUCAAUAGAGGACGAGAUCAAAGGGAUCCGGUCGACGAUGAGGAAGCUAUGGGGGACUAUACUGGGCUUGCGUUUGACCGGCCUACAGAAAGACCUCCGCGAUUGCAGCGAAUGAGCACCAACUAUUUGUCAUAUCAGCCUAAAAUUGGUCGCAAUUCUACUUUCGUGGGUUUGAGCGAUGUGCAGAAGGCAGAACUGGGAGGUGUAGAGUAUAGAGCCAAUAAGCUACUCUGCAAACUGCUGUUAGUCUACUACAUUGGCUUUCACAUACUGGCAUUUGUUCUAUUAUUGCCAUGGAUUACGAGAAUGAAAAGCUACGUUAAUCUCGUGCGCUCAGAUGGUAUUUCUCCUGCUUGGUGGGGAUUUUUCACCUCCAUGAGCGCUUUUAACGAUCUAGGGAUAACGCUGACGCCCGACUCCAUGAUGUCUUUCAACACAGCUAUUUAUCCCUUGGUAGUCAUGAUGUGGUUCAUUGUGAUAGGCAACACUGGUUUUCCCAUAUUUUUGAGAUUCAUAAUUUGGGUUUUAUUCAAAGUUAGCCCGGAACUAUCUUUAAUAAAAGAGUCUCUUGGCUUUUUACUGGACCACCCACGGCGAUGUUUCACGCUAUUAUUCCCGAGCGCCCCAACAUGGUGGCUGUUGUUCAUUUUAGUAGCACUGAAUGCUAUUGAUUUAAUUUUGUUCAUUGUGUUGGAUAUAAACUCGGCAGUAGUGGAAGGCUUGUCCAGUGGCUUCAAAAUUCUGGAUGGUCUUUUUCAGGCUGUCAGUACGCGUACUGCAGGAUUUUCAGUCUUAAAUUUGAGCUUACUGCAUCCCUCUAUUCAGGUUUCCUACAUGCUGAUGAUGUACGUAUCCGUGUUGCCCCUAGCCAUAUCGAUUAGACGCACAAAUGUCUACGAGGAGCAAUCUCUGGGAAUCUAUCAUGCGCACGACAAUCCUUCCGAUCAUGUUGAUGACACUGACGAUAGUAAAAUCAACCAUAGCCCGAAAUCUUUUAUUGGUGCCCAUCUGCGUCGUCAACUAUCGUUUGACCUGUGGUUUCUAUUCUUGGGUUUGUUCAUUAUUUGCAUCAGCGAGGGAGGCAAAAUACAGGAUCCCAAAAAACCCGAUUUCACCGUUUUCCAGGUUUUGUUUGAGAUUGUUAGUGCUUACGGAACGGUGGGCCUCUCUUUGGGGUACCCUAACACUGAUCAGUCGUUCAGCGCGCAAUUCAAUACGUUUUCGAAAGUGAUAAUGAUCUUCAUGCUGGUCCGUGGAAGACACAGAGGCCUGCCGUAUUCGUUGGACCGUGCCAUCAUUCUGCCGAGCCAAGGUCUCGAGCAACGCGAUCAAAUCGAGGAGAUGAACCGCGAAAAUGACACUGGGAUCAACGACCCGCUUGUGGCGUAUUUACGGAAGCAAUCCAAGUUUGCCAGGGGUCGCUUCAAAAGCAUGCUAAGGCGUGGAAGCUCUUUUGGUCAAGGUGAUGGUGACUCUUUUGCGAGAAGCGAAGAGGGCCACCAUUCUACAGCAUCUUUUGGCAAAAGCAACGCCAAUCCACCUCCGCUGCGAAACGUAGUGGACUACGAGUCGUCUGUAAAAGACAGAAUUCCUCAGCAUGGCGAAAUGAGUCCCAUGUCGGGAUCUCCACGGGCUAGUUACCGAAACGUUGAAACCGAGUUAGAAGCUUCGGGGGAAGACCAAAGUGAUUCUAACUCCAGGUUGUCCCAAGAAGCACCGGAUGCUCAAGAAGGUGAAAGGGCGCGCGUUUUGCCGUAG